UUAUUUUAUGGAACUACGUUGACAUUAACUACUGCCAUAACUUUUGCUGGUUGUAUCAUAGUGCCAUUAAUUCGGUCCCGCAAGUUUCCGCUAGAAAUAGAAUAUCCAUUUCGCGUUGAUUAUCAACCGAUAAUGGCGAUGCUCUAUUUUCAUCAAGUACUUGGUAUGUAUCAGGUUACUUGUCAAGUGAGCGCAAAUGUUUUCCUCGCUCUUCUAAUAUGGUUCACAACGGCUCGCUUUGAGAUCUUGACAAAUAAAUUCCGCACAGUCACCAAGUAUUCUGAUUGGAAAAUAUGCAUACAAGAGCAUCAAGUAACUUUAAGAUUUGCAAAAGAAAUGAGUAGUUCUAUCGCACUCGUAGUGUUAUCAUCGCUCGGUGUUAGUACUAUAGCGCUGAUAUUCGGCGGAGUUACAUUCCUAAGCCGAUUUCCGCUAUCCGUAAAAUUUCAGUAUAUAGUUGUAUGUUUAACAUCAUUAGUAAAAGUAUUUCUGUGCGCUUGGCCGGCUGACCAUCUAAUGAGAAUAAGUUCUAAUGUUGCUGAGGCAGCCUAUGAUUCAUUAUGGUAUAAUCAAAAUAUUGAAUCUCAAAAGAUUAUGUUACAUACUUUGCUACGAUGCCAACGAGCUGUAGUUAUAUCUGUUCCUGGUUUACUAAAAGCUUUAACAUUUCAACAAUAUACUUCUUACGUUUCAACAGCAUUUUCUUACUUAACAACGUUUCGCAUAAUUCUUUCUGAAGAAACAUAAGUCCAAGGAAAAGAAAAAUAAGUUUCACGGAAAGGAACACACAACUUUGUCUACAUAAAUACGGAAGAAUACAUCAGACUUAAAAAAUAAAAAAUUCCAGCUCUUAAUUCAGUUUUAUGAGUAUUCAAAUUUUUGGGAUAUAGAAAGACGACUUCUUCCUAU